AUUGCAUUAGUGUUUAUGAAGGCUUUUAAGUUAUUUCGGGAAUGAUUUACCUAUAGGCUGAAUUCUUCUGCUGGGGCCGCGUUUGUACCCCACUUUUUAAGCUUCCUAGUACGACAUCAUGUUCGCGGUUCAGCGUUGCGCUGUGAGGCGUUGUUUCAGCUUGUCAACAUAUCAACGCAGUAUCGUAACAAACUCUCAUAGCAUCUCUUCUCAGUUCCCGCAGGCCAACUUUGCACACCAGACGGUUUCGGUUCUAGUCAGAAGUCUCAGAGGAUAUGCAAAAUCAAAGCAACGCCAGGGGUCUACUAGGCAUUCAUCGGCACGACCAAAAGUCGAACUUAGGGACGACGAAUUGUUCGAGGUUAUGAGCGUGCAGUUAUUUCGAGAUAGUAUAUCACGUGCGUUGCAGAAUCUUAGCGAUUCUUAUCUCAAGCAGUUAACUAUUAGCAACGCUGCUGCCAACGUUGAAAGUAUCAUCGUAAACUUCGAAGGUGAAGAAGUUCAACUUUGUGAGGUGGCACAAAUCCAGAAAAAGCCAAAUUUAGUGGUUCUACAAUUUACCUCGUUCCCAGAAGCGAUCAAACCUGCAAUGAAAGCUAUACAGGACUCCGGCAUGCACGCCUCCAUGCAACAGGAAUCUACUUUCGUGUACUUGCAUUUUCCGAAAGUAACUCGGCAACAGCGCGAGGACAUGGCAAAGAGUGCAAAGACUCUAUUCCAAAAAUGCAAAGAUGAACUUGCACAGGCGGAACGUCGAGCUACGAAGGAAAUUCGAAGUCGUAAAGACGGCCAAUCACAGGAUCUAAUCUACAAUGCGCAGCAGCAGGUAAAAUACGAAGUGGAGCAAACCGUGAUUAAGGCUGAAGCAAUGAUGAAAACAAAGCAAAAUGAAUUACUUAGUGAAGGCUAACCAUUGUCGGAUUAUUUCUUUACUUUGUCGUAUGCAACGUAGAAAAACGCAGUCAAAAACCAAGACUAAAGUGAAUAAAUCAAUCACUUUAGGCAGUUGAGAACGCUUUUUCAGCUGAGCGGAUUAUAACUAAAGACACUGCUCAAAUAAAGUAGGUAUACUUCUGUCCGAGUGUCUGACCACUCAUGUCUAUUGGUGUGUCUUGUGUUUGCAUAAGACACUCUAUUUCAAAAUAAAUAGGUUUUAUUAUGUAGCCGAUUUGUGAAUAUCCACAGACUGGAAAUUAAUACUGUCUUUUAAGAAAAAUGCUUAUAUUAGGAACACGUGUCACCUUAAUAUUGUUGUGUUACUCGGUAAUCGUCAAUGGUAUCAAUGUGCACUUAUGUUUAGGCAUUUUACUGAUUAUAGAUGUUUGUCCGAAAAGAUUUUGACGCAAAAUAACAUUGUCAUCGCUUUUUUUAAUGUGUAGAAUAUAAAUAAAAUGCGUUUCUACAAUAGAACUUGAUGAUAUGUUCGACGAUUUUGUUUACCAUUCUUUAUGUACUGAUUGUAUCAAAAUAUUAAUAUUUAAUAUAAAUGGAACUAAAAAACACUUAUAUUUGAUAGAAUUAGCGCUAUCUCUAGCAAUCUGCCUCGGGAAUAUAUUGAGUUUUUGGAAUAUGUGCUAUACAAAUUCAGUAUACAACAGUUCCAGUAAGUUACAGAUACAAUUAUUGCCGAGUAAAUGAUCGGCAGGUCCAAUCAUAGCGCAACAAAGCUGAUACUGUCAAGAACAAAGAUUUGUUAUCAUAUUGAACUUCGAUUCGACUUGGAUUCAAAGGUGAUAUAUAAAAUUUCUUAACCUCCAUGUCGCUGUUAGUGUGUCGUCUUUAUUAAACAAGUGUAGGA